GAAACCCACACGGGGCUCUCGGCUCGUACUUCCACAUGAUGGCGGAAGUGAACACUUUCCUCCACCCGCCAAAAGAAACGCUUCAUUCAGUUCUUGGCGGGUCCAGGUCUUCUCUAGACCACCGACUGAAAACAGGAGCUCCUCAUCCAUCCUCAGUAGAGAGACAGAAGCAGCAAAAUGUGGAAUGAAAAGAAACAGAGUCCACCUUCUGAUCGCAGCCAUGCGGUCGCCGUCAUCAUCUUUAUUCUGGGUGUGGGAACUCUGCUGCCCUGGAACUUCUUCAUCACCGCCUCACAGUACUUUAAUGAGCGCCUCAACGUUACCGACGGCACGGCUGACGAUGUGCAGAAAGACUACAACUAUGACAGCUGGAUGUCUCUGCUCUCCCAGCUUCCUCUGCUCCUCUUCGCUCUGCUCAACUCUUUCCUCUAUCAGUGGGUGAAGGAGCGUCUCCGCGUGGCCGUCAGCAUGGUCGUCAUCUUCCUCCUCUUCGUCCUAACAGCCGCCCUGGUCAAAGUCGACAUGCGGCCAGACACCUUCUUUUCGGUCACCAUGGCAACCAUAUGGUUCAUCAACAUGUUCGGGGCCGUGCUGCAGGGCAGCCUCUUCGGCGUGGUCGGCAUGUUUCCUCCUCGCUACAGCACGCUGUUCAUGAGCGGUCAGGGUCUGGCUGGGAUCUUCGCUGCCGUCGCCAUGCUGUGCUCCAUCAUGAGCAAAACUGACACACAGUCUGCUGCCUUGGGAUACUUUGUCACUCCAUGUGUGGCCACGUUGGGGACUCUACUCUGCUACCUGCUGCUGCCACACCUGGAAUUUGCUAAUUAUUAUCUAAACAGAAAUCAGGCUGAUAAACUGGAUCUGUCUAAUAAGCUCAUGAGCAGCACAGACAAAAUUGCCUUGAAUGGCAACGUUAAAGACCUUGAAGCUAAAGGAGUCCCAGAGGACAGUGGUGAACGUUCUUCUGUCUUUGCCGUCUUUAGGAAGAUCUGGGUGAUGGCUCUGUGCGUGACGUUGGUGUUCGCCAUCACGCUGUCGGUGUUUCCUGUUAUCACCGUCCGAGUGAAGACCGUCUACCCGGAGAACAGAGACUGGGACAAAGUGUUUACCUGUGUGUGCUGUUUUAUCGUCUUCAACCUGAUGGAUUUAGCCGGCCGCAGCGCCCCGUCGCUCGUUCAGUGGCCGUCCAAAGAGAGCCGUCUGUUUCCUGUCGCCGUUCUGUCCCGCCUGAUCUUCGUCCCACUACUUUUGAUGUGCAACAUCCAAACCUCAAAGCUCACCUUCCUCAAGCACGACUGUUACUUUGUUGUCAUCAUGGCGCUCUUCUCCUUCUCCAAUGGCUACCUGGCGAGCCUCUGCAUGUCCUACGCUCCACAGUUGGUGAGGAGCAGAGACUGCGAGACGGCCGGCUCUCUGAUGAGCUUCUUCCUGUUUCUGGGACUGGCUGUGGGAGCAUCUUUUUCAUUUCUGCUAGGAGGACUAGUUUAGACUCAGGGAACUUGGACAUCCAAGAAAAGCACUUAAACGGCUC